AAUUGAAACAAGGGGAUUACUGAGCAAUACAAUAAACUACUACUAGAGUACAAAAGUAUUGACAAUUUUUCUCGAAAGACAGCAUCGCCAUUGCCAAUUUGCGAUUAACAACACAGUUUCCUCAUUAAAGCUGAAUCUUAGUCAAAUCUAAAAAGUUCCCAAUCACUCUUCGCUGCAGUUAUUAUACCCAGCGCAGUAGAUCUUCUUCUUCCAAUCUUUAAAGAACAAGCUCUUUUCUUUUUUCCAAGUGUCAAUUUAAAAGCCAAAUGUACGCCAAUUACCAGUUCAGAUCAAAAACCCCAACCCUAAAAUGCGGAGAAAGGUGACACAGAUCCAACUUCUUACCUUCACAAACCCUAGCUUUGGACAUGGCGAAGCAUUCUUCCGUAGCUAUGGCUCUGUUCCGCAAGCGCUGGCUGACUGUAGUAGCGCUCCUUGUGAUGCUUUCAGUUACCACUGCCAUUGCUUUUAUCGUGAGAGCUAGCCUUGAGUCCUCCUGUGAUUGCCGCGUAGAUGUGGCUUCUGCGAAGCGAUAUAACUCUUCACCGGAAUCAGCUAAGCCAAUUGGAGUUGCUGUUACUCAGAGCCCUCUCAGUUUUAUGAAGUCUAGGCUUGUGCUUCUUGUCUCCCACGAACUUUCCCUUUCUGGUGGACCCUUGUUGCUGAUGGAGCUGGCAUUUUUGCUGAGAAGUGUUGGAGCUGAAGUCUGUUGGAUCACAAAUCAAAGACCAUCUGAAACAAAUAACGUCGUAUACAGUUUGGAACACAAAAUGUUACACCGAGGAGUUCAGGUUGUCUCUGCUAAGGGUCAGGAGGCAAUAGAUACUGCUUUAAAAGCUGACUUGGUUGUUUUAAACACUGCCGUUGCUGGGAAAUGGUUGGAUGCUGUUCUCAAGGAACAUGUUCCUCGUGUCCUUCCCAAAGUGUUAUGGUGGAUCCAUGAAAUGCGAGGUCAUUACUUCAGUCUAGAUUAUGUGAAGCACCUCCCAUAUGUUGCUGGUGCAAUGAUUGAUUCACAUGUAACAGCUGAAUACUGGAAGAAUAGAACACAGGAACGGCUAAGGUAUGUUUAUAAGUUUGCAAUUUUGAUAUAGUUGGUGACGGAUCUA